GGAAUAUGAGCAAGUAAAAGUUGGAGAGAAUCCUGGUAUUUGACAGGUUUUUUUUUUACUUUCAACCUGUUGUGUUUUUAUUAUUUAAUAGGGCCACGGUAGCGCUGCUCGGUGGUAAUUUAACUAAGGCAGAGAGGUUUCCUGGAUGUGAAGGAAGCUAACCAGGCGAAGACAGUUUCGUUUUCGAUUCGUCUUGAAGUCUCCGUCUGAAUAGUUUUUUUUUUUUUUUUCCUAACCAAGAAGCAUGGCCUCAGAAAACAACCAAGCAGCAGGAAGCGAUGUGGAAGAGGAGGAGAAGUACAAGAAACCCCCCUCCAGUUAUGGUUCGAUGAAGAGCGACAGUGAUGAGAUGGGGGAGAAGGAGGACUAUGAGGAGGAAGGAGGAGGAGGUGAAAUGGUGUUUUUAGCACCACCAGAUCCUCUCGUUAUUCCAGUUGUUGGGCUCUACGUGGACCAGCUCCACUCCACUCAGCCCAUUUUGCCUCAGAUGAUGCCGUCCCAGUAUACAGAGACUCUCUGCACUGAAACCACGGAGCAGACCAAACCACCAGGCGCGAUGGUCAUUGAAACAGGCUCUUCAGAUAUAGAAGAUAUGACAGAAGAUGAACUGGAGGAUGAGGAUGAAAUGUUGGUAACAUGUUCUCCAGAACCUCCUGAGCCCCUUGAAAUGGAAGGUUUGACUCAGUCUGAUGAAAACAGCCAGCCAGGAAGACUGGACCCAGAACUGGAUCUGCCUCAUAUAUUCAAAACCAUCCAGAAUGUUCUAACCCGGCUCAGCAGUCAGGAGCUGUUCAAGUUUAAGAUGUGGUUUAACAAAUGGGAGCCCAUUAACCUCCUGCAGCAAGUCAUGGACGGAGAUCUUCUUGACUUUGUGGACAAAGUCAUUGAGCUUUAUGGUCUGGAUAAAGCCCUGUCAAAAACCAUAAGCACGCUUGAAAGCAUGGACAAGAAGGAGGAGGCAGAAGAACUGAAGCAAACGUGCCAGAAAGCAAUUUUUCAUUUUUACCUGAGAAGCACUUUAUUCCGAAAAUGCCAAGUCCUCCACGAGGGGGUGGCUCGAGCCGGAAAGCAAAAACUCCUGAAUGAGGUCUACGUGGAGCCUCAGAUUUCCACCUGUGGUUUUGGAGGAGUUGACCCCACUCAUGAGAUCUUAGCACAACCCCUGACACCCCUCCAAGUCCCUAGCGAGGACACGUUUGUUGCCUUGAACAACCUGUUCCGACUACAGAAAGAAGACGGCUCACCGGUGAGGACAGUAGUGACCAUGGGGGUUCCAGGAUCCGGGAUGUCUGUCUCCGUGGCAAAGUUCUCACUAGACUGGGCACAGCAGCAUGCCAAUAGGGAUCUGCAGUACAUCAUCAAACUUUCGUUCCAAGGUUUGCAUUAUUUGCGCAAUAGAAACAAUCCUCAAGAGGAAAUGUCCAUGGCUGCCGUAAUGAAAUAUUACCACGCUCCUUUGAAUGAUCUUAAGUUGCUGGAGGAAGAAAACUCCAGAUUUCUCAUCAUAAUGGAUUGUUUUGAUUGCUACCAGGAGACUCUGGACUGGCAGAACACUCCGGUGAUAAAUGACAACCAAACCAAAGCACCUAUAGAUGCCCUGGUUGUUAACAUCAUCCGAGGGACCUUGCUUCGUGGUGCGUGCGUCUGGAUCCUGGGAAGGCGAGCAGCGGUCUCACAGAUACCGUCUGAGUUUAUAGAUGCCGUCACUGAGCUGCAGGGUUUUACUGAUGAGAUGAAAGACGAGUAUCUGACCAAACGCUUUCCUGAUGCCAAUCUGGCGACAAACAUUGUGAGACAUUACAAGCAUGUGCCGAUGAUUCGGAUUCUUGCCCGCCAUCCGUUUUUCUGCUGGAUGGUGGCCAAAUUAUUCAGCGGCAGCUUCCAGUAUCAGGGCUAUGGGGCCAAUCAUCCCAGACUGACACCGUUUCUUAUCCACUAUAUGAUCAUUCAGACCAAUCGGAGGCUAAGGUUCUACUACAAAAAGAAAGACAAUGAGCUGAGAUGGACCGACACAGAGAAGCAGUUGCUGACGAGGUUGGGGAAGAUGGCCUUCAAGAUGCUGGAGAUGAACACCUGCGUAUUCAUUGAAGAGGAUUUGAAGGAGGUUGAUCUGCAGCUGACCGAGGUGGUGAUAUUCUCAGGCUUGUGCACUGAGCUCAAUCCUGCAGCCUUCUCUGGUAGAAGGACGUUCUGCUUCUCUCACUUCACCAUUCAGGAGUUCAUGGCUGCUCUCUACAUCUUCUUGAUGUUCUACAUUGAAUCUAGGAACGUUCUGGAUACUGGCUUCUGGCAGAUGCCCAAGUUCCUCUCAUCCAGAAACAACAGCAAAUCAGCUGCAGGCCUUGUGCAGUGCGCUGUGGAUCGGACGCUGAGCUCCCAGCUGGGACGCUAUGACAUGUUCCUACGUUACCUGUGUGGCUUGCUUUCCCCACACUGCCACUACAGCCUGCUCAGAGGCUUCCUGUAUUCACACAACACCCCAAAGGUGGAGGGACUGGCUGAGGUGCAGCAGCUGCUCGAGCAGUCCGCCCAGACCGCUCCUGAAGAUAGGGUGAUGAACUUGCAUGAGUGCCUUAGAGAGAUGACCCAGGAAGAUGACUGAGCUGAGAGUAACACAUAUAAUUUGAUUUCAAUAAGAAAUUAUAUAAAAACAGGAUGUUGGAAAUUAAGGACAAUGACAUUGAUGGCAAAAAUUAAAGCACUUCUUGUUUUUGUUGGCAUGAAACAAAAAUACUGAAGUUCUUCAGGUGCACCUAACUGCAUAAAAAAACCUACUCAGAGCACCUGCUUUUUUGUCUAAUUGUUGCCAUUUUUCAUUUCAGUCUGGUGCUAACAUAUUUAUUUCAAAUCAUUUUUAUCAACAUCUUUAUAAAAGGUUUCCUGCACACUGAGUGAAAUUACACUGUGACUAAAGCACUGGAUAUAGAUGGGACAGAUACAAACUGAACAAACCUUUGAGUGUUUGCAGAUCGUAGAAAAUUGGGCUUUUCUCCCGAUGGUUGAUUAGCGCUGAUAAAAUCCAAACACAAUAUUUACAAGUUCCUCUAAGCAUACUAAGGACUUGUCAACCGAGGACCGUACCGAUCAUGGAAGUUCAUUUUGAGUGUCCACAUGAGGGUCAAUUUAACAUCAUGUAGAUUUUUGGUUUCAAUUCCUAACAUUUCAGUUCUGUAUUGCCUGGCAGAAUACAUAAUAUGAAACAUGUCAAAUAAUGCAUCCAUUGCAACAUAAAUAGGACUUGCAGCCAUGGCUCAUUUGCAGGCUCCAUCAUUUGGACUUUUGACCAAAGCUACACAUCUAAACUAACAAAAGUUGGUAACCGUGUGAGAAAGUAUUCACAAAUAACAGAACUCCCAGCAUUGUUUUUUGGUCUUCUUCCCUAUGUUUUUCUAAAGUUUAAACAUGGAUAAAUAUCAAAUUAUUCUUUUUUAUAUAUUUUGUUCAGCUUUUACUUGUGUGCAGAGUUCAGAAACUGCAUAUGUUCAGCCCUUGUGUUCAUCAGUACGACAUACAUUUUGUAUCAGCAGUUUUAGAUUUGUUUUGUGUGUUUUUUUGCCCUAUUUUUAGCUUUUUGUUGAGUUACAAUGGAAAAAAUACUUCUAUAAAGACAUAUUGCGUA